AUGGAAAUACUGAAAGGGGCUGAGCUCUGUUUUCCAAAACUCCUCAACACUUCUUGCAGGAAGCCGACACUUCACUGGUCCAAAGCUGUGCUCCUCAACAUUGUACUGUCAUGUGUCUCUCUGAUCACUGCUGCUCUAAACCUUCUGGUCAUCAUCUCAGUCUCCCACUUCAGGCAGCUACACACACCUACCAACAUCCUUCUCCUCUCUCUGGCUGUCUCAGACUUUCUUGUGGGUCUCUUGUUGAUGCCAUUUGAAAUCUUUAGGAACAUGGAUUGCUGGGUACUUGGUGAUCUCAUGUGUUCUGUUUCUUGGUAUCUGACUGGCAACAUUGCCUAUGCUUCAACAGGGAACAUAGUUCUCAUAUCAGUUGACCGUUAUGUAGCUAUUUGUCACCCUCUGCAUUAUUCCACCAGAAUUACUAUGGCAAGAGUAAAACUCAGCGUUUGUCUGUGUUGGUUUUUUGCAAUUUUCUACAGCAGUCUCUAUAUGAAGGAUGUACUGAUAAAACCAGGCAGGUAUAAUUCCUGCUACGGAGAGUGUGUGUUUGUCAUUAAUGAUAUUGCAGGGAUCAUUGACAUUGUUUUAUCUUUUUUUGUUCCUGUUACCAUCAUCAUAGUUUUGUAUAUGAGAAUAUUUGUGGUGGCUGUGUCUCAGGCUCGUGCCAUGCGCUCGCAUGUUACAGCUGUCACACUUCAGCGUUCACUGAAUCAAACAAGCAAAUCCGAGUUGAAAGCAGCCAGGACUCUUGGGGUUCUUGUAGUUGUGUUUCUCGUAUGCUACUGUCCAUUCUACUGCUUUGCUUUUGGUGUAGAAGACAUGGCCAAUAAUCCAUCUACAUUUUUUGUGGUCUUUAUCUUAUACUUUAAUUCUUGUCUAAACCCUUUGAUCUUUGCCCUGUUUUACCCCUGGUUUAGAAACGCUGUUAAACUUAUCAUCACGCUGCAGAUUUUCAAACAUGAAACAAGUGAAGCCAACAUACUGUUAUAA